UGAUUAUAUUGAAGUUCUUCUCUAUUUUUUCGUUUCUUGAAUUCUUCAUAUUUGCAUAAGGAAGAGAAAUAAAAAAAAAAUCUAUCAUUGAAAACAAAAAUAAAAGAAUGAUACAACGUGAAGAAAAAAUAGAACAGUAUCGAUAGAACGAAAAAAAUGAAGAGAAAGCGGAAAAGAAAAAUUGUACAUAAAAGGGACACGUAAGAGAAAAUCAGAAAAAAGGAGAAGGGGAGGGGGAGAAGUCAAAAGGAGUAAAUAACACAGGUGUGUAAGAAAGGAAGACGAGAUAAAAAAAGAAAGAUAAAAAGAAAGAAUAGAGAAAGAUUAAGGAAGAAAGGAAGGAAAGAAGAAGGUGAAAAAAGAAGGUGAAAGAGAAGCAGUGAAGUAGAAAGAGGAUACAAGAAGGGAACACUCGAGAGAGAGUUCUGUUACCUGGUCCGCUCUCCUCUCGUGACGGCAGGUCAGUGUUGCUGUACUCGUGGACGAGGAUGGAUGCAUUGACUGGUUAUACAUGAUCGUUUUCACGCAAGAAAAUCGAUCUCCUCACGUCUCUUUGAUCAUUGUCGUCGAUUUGUACAUAUGAUCGGUGAAAACAGUUUUUGUAUUUGGAAAUGUGAUUGAUACACACACACAUAUAUAUAUACACACACACACACACACGCACACGUGGAGCAACGAUUUCACCUAACCGCGCUAAAUAGGCUAUCCUGUCAGGUGACCGAUGGUGAGGCUGUCCCAUUGAAAAGGAGAAGAAAUCUAUCGUAAGAAAAGUAUGCAGCUACUUUCCAGCUUCAUGGCGAGGCACCUGAAGCGAGGAGCAUCCUUGAAAAAAGGAAAACGAGAUAUCAUUGGAGGAAGCUCAAUAAGUAAUUGUUCGAUAGGGGGUCUGUCCAGAGCUAUUAACAAUACUGGUGGAUACAGUGUUGCACCUGGGGGUGCCAAUAUGACCCCCGAAGAUACUGCUCCCGAUGAAGAGUUUGCUUUAGCUAUUACUCAGAAAACUCAGAGGGAUGCAGAAGCCAUUCGUGGUGCAUUAUAUCUUGGAAUGGCUCUUAUUAUUGCAUGGAUAAUAGGUGCUGUAGGUUUAUCACUAGCAUGGUUAGUGCUAGUGUUAGCAUUAGCAGCGACAAUAAUUAAAGCAAGAAUAUCCCGUCUUCUUGAGUCAACUGUUCAACGUGAAUUAGCUAGGCUACGUCGAAGAAGAGCUUUGUAUAAAGAUGAAACUGCUGAAUGGCUAAGUUUACUACUUAAUAGAUGGUGGAGAUUUAGUGCUGCCAGUAUAUUUUCUUUAGCAAAAGAAAGACUGGAACCUGUCCUAAAUGAAGCUAAACCGGGAAUACUUGGGCCGCUAGAAUUGAGAGAACUCACGCUUGGAGAACAAACCCCUUAUAUCACACGAAUAAGAACUGUAGAUUAUGCAAAUGACGAUGAUAUUGAUAGUCAAACAGAUCAAAUAAAAUUGUCAAUCGAAGCUGAUAUACAACUUGAUUGCGAACAAUUUCGUAUGCUCAUCACAACAAGAUUAUUUAAAGGGGUUGGUAUGGACAUUGAUCUAGCCGUGGAAAAACUGUCUCUCUCGGGUACUAUUCUCGCCACUCUGACUCUUAAUUCCAAUGCACCGUUUCCUCACGCAACCUCUUUAAGCGUGAGUUUCUUAGAAAAACCAGACGUUUGGUUCAGCGUGAGAAUCCUGAAAACGGUACAAAUGAUGGAAAUGCCUUUAAUUAAGACGUGGAUUCAUGCGGUGGUCACGGAUGCUCUAGCUAGUUGGAUCGUUGAUCCGGGUCACUUAGAAAUGAAUCUAAGAGCUCAUGAACGGCCUGGACCUAAAUUUGAUUCACUAACUAAUUCCAUACCGCAAGGAGUGCUUACCGUUGUUCUAUCUCAAAAUGGAUGUUCAGCCCCCAUCGGAGAUGAAAUGAGAUGGCUUGUAGUAACAUUGGGAGAUCAAAGACGGGUUACAGCUACUUUAAAUUCCACGUGGAACGAAGACAUAUCUUUUUUAGUAGGAGCCUUAGAUAACGAGAAAAUCUCUAUCAAAUUAAAAGCAAAACGACUCGUUAGUACCAUCACGUUAGCUCAAUUUGAACUUGCGCUUGGAGUUUAUAACUGGGAUAAUUCACAAGUAAUUGAAACAAUAUUGCAACAAAAGAAACCGUCUCGGAAUAGUGCUAACAUCCCAAAUAUCAACGCUCGAUUAGAAUAUACUGCACUACCAAAACUGGAUCCAGACUUACCACAACCAGAAUUAACGGAAGAUAAUUUGCAUUUAUCAGUGUCGCGAAAAUAUUCCAAUCGAGCUCAAAAAUCAGGAGUACUUGUAGUUUAUAUUCAUUCAGCGGAAAAUCUAAAUAGUGACAGUUCCCAAUGCAAUCCUUAUUGUAUACUAUUCAACAAUCGUAAAAAGGUGAAGACGACUCAUUACAUUCAAAGUACUAUAUCACCAUGUUGGGAAUCAAGAGCACAAUUUCUUGUUCAAGAUUAUACUCAAGUAUCUUUAAGUUUUGUUGUAUACUCGUGGAAUAUAUCGAAAUCAACUGAUAGUGACAUGUUAGGAUUAGCUAUAUUAUCUUUAUCUCAAGAAAAUACAUGGAUAAUUAGAAAAGAAUUAGUUCUAAAUGGUUCAAAUGUUACAUCGACAAUGAUAGUUUCUGUAUUGUUCUAUCCUGUUAAAAGUAUACAGCAAGUGGUCACAAGUCGAAGAAGUAGUUUAACGUUUCCAAUAUCAGAUGAUGAACCAAAAUCUAAAAGAAACAGUUUACCAUGGAUGCAACAGGCAAAAUUACUAUUAACUCACAAGGAUAUGGAUCCCACUUCAUCAGAUGUAUCCAGUUUACUUUCCACUGGAAGUGGAUUAAUGGAAGUGACAUUGAUACGCGCGAAAGAUCUUGUUGCAAAAGAUUUAAAUGGUUUCAGCGAUCCUUUUUGUGAGUUAAAACUAAAUAACGAAACUAAAUAUAAAAGCAGCAUAAAGAAAAAAACAUUAAAUCCUUGCUGGGAUGAAAGUUCUAUUAUGGGUUUGCCUAGAAAUGGCGAAACAUUGGAUAUUGUAUUAUGGGAUCAUGAUACUUUUGGUAUGAAGGAUUACCUUGGAAAAGUAUCAUUGACUCUCGAUGAUAUUAGAAAAUUAUCAAAUAAUGAUCAGUCCCAUUGGUUCACGCUAAGAGGAACUAAAACGGGAUCUGUAGAAUUAAAAAUUAAAGUUUUAUCCGAAGAAUGUGAGACUCAAAGCACUUACGCAGCCAGCAAUAUUAGCGAAAGUUCGAUCCAAUUAAAUAUUGAAAAUCCCGAGACAGUGUCAAACAUUAUAAGAAGACCUUCAAUGGAAAAGUCAAAAAUGAGAUUACAUUUAGAUGUCGUACCACCACCACCACCUCCGCGUACAGUCACUUUAUUAAAACCAAUCAUUUCUAGUCAAUCUGAUAAAACUAGUAUUGGAAGUAAAGAUUCCAAUGAAAUGAAUGGAACCCAAAAUUCCUGGAUACCUAGAGUUAUUACAGAAUCUGUAACAGAUGUAAUUGAUGAAACUGAUACAACAAAAUUAAGAGAACGGCGAUCUUCUCAUAACAGUUUGACUCCAAGUCCGGAACAAAGUUUUGGCAAAAAAUUGCCACAAUAUAAUAGUUUUCGUGUUAUGAAACAAAAGGUAAAAAGAGGACUAAAACUACGUAGAUUUCGUUCAGAAGUAAAUAUAGAAGAGAAGAAUGAAUCAAAAGGUAUAACAUUAAGUUUGGAACCUAGAGGAGGAGGAGAAGCUGAUGCUACAGAACUUCUACAAGGAUCUGGUUUAGCUCAUGCUGUAUCACAACCUGAUAUGCUUGGCAGAAUAAGACAACCUAGUCCACGCUUAAAAUUGAGACCAAAUGAAUUGAAAGUUGUCAAUGGUUCUAAGGAAAAAUAUUCAGGUAUAGAAGGUAAAGUUCUACAAGCACAAGGUCUUCAUGUCGCACAUAUUGCUCAACUAUAUUGUAGAAUUAAGCUACAAAUAUGUACCAGUCCAGAUAAAAUUACAUCUUCAACAAAUAGUGGUAAAACAUUAGCAAAAUCUCGACUUUUACCUGCAAUGCCUAAUCCACAAUUUAGUAUAGAUUUUCACAUAGAAGGUGAUAAUGUUCCCAGACAAUCUUUAUUAAUAUUUGAAAUCAGAAGUGCUAGUAAAGAAUUAUUAGCAAGCCGACGCAUCACUUUACAUGAAUUAUUAGGUGUUUCUGCAGCAACAGAUGAAAUUCAUACAUGGUUGGCAUUAAAUAAUGGAGCAUCAUUAGAAGUACAAAUUGCUCAUGGAAGAGAAAUGAAGAAUAAAUCCACAAAAAAACUUUUUCGAUCUUGGUCAGUUCAUCGGAUAGGAAAAAUUUGAAAUAUUUUAAAAUUGUGUAUUUUUAAUCAAUCUUAAAUAUAUUUCUUAAAAAUUAUAAUUUGCCAAACAUAUGUACAAAUUAAAAGAUUUUCCUCUAAAAAAACAUGAUGUGAUAGUAAACAUUUACAAAUUCAUUUUAUAUUUUACAUAUUUUAUUACAUGUACAUAUAUACAUAUUUAUUUAUAUGCAUAAAUAAAUUUAUUAAUAUUAUCUCACAUAAAAAUUGUAAUAUUUGAUAAUAAAAUACAUAUAAGAUAUUUCA